CAGUCCAUCAGUGGAACAAGUGCACAAGUUAGAAGGGUUACAUUUUUUUUUCUUUUUUAAAUUGCAAUUCAGUAUGUCCCAGACAGAAAACAAAACAGAGUUUUCCAUGACAGAGAUGGGAGAGGAGACGGCAGAACGAAACAGGAGCAACACAAACAAGAAAUUAUAUAUCUUUGAGCAGUAUGUGCAGCCCUGUCUGGCUGAGCUGGUUGGGACUAGCCUGUUUGUGUUUGUGGGAUGUGCGUCUGUUAUUGGAAACAAUGAAGUGCCUGGUGUCCUCCAGCCUGCUGUGGCACACGGAUUGGCGCUGGGAGUGAUGAUCAUGAUCUUUGGGCAAAUUAGCGGGGGACACUUUAACCCUGCUGUGUCUCUGUGCGCCUACCUGUGUGGGGGGAUGGAGCUUCGUCUGCUGCUGCCUUAUGUCCUGGCUCAGAUGUUGGGAGGGAUGGCCGGUGCUGGUUUGGCCAGGGCUGUUUGCCCUCCUGCUGUGUAUGAUCUUGCCUCGGGAGCCGCCUUUAAGAUAGAAAACAAUGAUCUGGCUUUAGCCACCCUGGCAGAGCUGAUAAUGACUACCUUCCUUACCAUGGUGGUGUGCAUGGGGGCCAUCAACGGCAAAACCAGCUCACCAAUGGCUCCUAUCUGCAUCGGCCUCACUGUGACAGCCAACAUAUUUGCUGGAGGGGUUCUGUCUGGAGCCUGUAUGAACCCUGUCCGAGCCUUUGGUCCAGCUGUGGUUGCCGGUUACUGGAUCCAUCACUGGGUCUUCUGGGUCGGACCCGCUUGUGGUGCGCUGGUCUCUGUCACUCUUGUCAGGUUUUUCUUUGGUGACCAGAAGACUCGAAUUAUUUUGAAGUGACCGUCUAAUUUAUUAAAGAAGAGGAGAGAAAGGGCAUCCCCGUUGCCUUGUUGACAGCUAUUCCCUUUGAAUUAUAUGUAUAUUUUUUAUUGUAUAAGUUUUAUUAUGAUACAUUACUCAACAAUCAGACUGUAACACUUGAGAUUCCCUGCCACACAUGUACAAGGGUAUACCCAAAUGUGCUCAGAGAAAACAGACUCUGCUCAUUCAUCGCUGCAUGGUGAAGCUCAAACAUUCAACUGCAAGAACAAGAAGAAAAACACACUUUCGACCAGAGAGGGACUUGAAAUUUGCGGCAAAGUGUGUUCAAAUAUAUUCGUCCUUGAAAAGCUGCAGAGUCAAGAUUCAGUUGUUUGAUGUUAUGAUAGCAAUCUGAUUUGGACUUGUUGGUGAUGAUGAUGGAAAACUACAAGAGACAUUUGAUAAUAAAUUCCACACAGGCAGUACUCGUUGAAUGAUCACUCUUUGUUAUCUUUUUAUAGUCAUUUUGCACUCAUUGUCUUGGACAAAGUCCUGAGUAGAAAACUGUCGCUAGCUUUAAUUCUUAAAAGACAGUACAAGGGCAUUGCACUAUGUAAUAAAGCAAGAUUAGAUUACUUGUAAACUUGUGCCCUUAGAUCAAAUGAAAGAUCAAAAUAAUACAAUAUGCAUCCUGUAAAACUAAUGGUGAUAGUUGUAACAAUGAUGAUGAUGAGGAUAGAUCAUCUGUGCUGUGCAUUCAUGUGUGCAGGUGCAAAACUGUUGUUAUGCCGUUUCUCAGUGUAAUAUUAUUUGUUUCAUU